GAGUGCGUGCGUGAGCGUGCGUAAAGACCGACAGGCUCGAGCGCUUCAUUUCGAUUCACCGGGGACCCCUGCGCGCAACAAGAGCCCCCCCAUGGGUGCAAUAGUGCAAGCGCAGACGGCGGUGAUUGGCCAGAGGUUGAUCAGAUGGUACACUUCCCCUCUGUGUUCAGUGGCACCUCACAACCCCCCCUUUCAGCAAAAACCAAAUCUCGGAUAAAGUAAUGGCAAAACCACUUGGACUAUAAAAGACAACAAAUCAUAUUCCUCCGGAGUAUAUACACCCCGUUGUCCACCCAAUGAGUUCCUAUUUUGUUAACUCUACUUUUCCCGUGUCUCUGCCGGGAGGACAGGACUCUCUCCUGGGUCAGAUACCGUUAUAUUCCUCGGGAUACACCGAUCCGUUAAGACACUACUCCAGCGCGGCCACAUAUGGAGCGGCCAACAUGCAGGAGAAGGUUUACCCGGGGUCCUACUACCAGCAGACGGGCGCAGCGGCCGCGGCCAUCUACGGAAGGGCCGGCGGCGGAGCGCCCUGCGACUACAACCCGGUCGGGACUUUCUACAAGGACGCGGAGGGCUCGUGCGCUUUCUCGAGCCGCGACGACCAGCCGCUGUUUGUCAGUCAGGAGCAGCGCAAAGCGGAGUGCCCGGAGCAGGCUGUCAGUAUGAGCAGCAGCAUCGACGACAAGUCCUCCACUCUGAUCUACCCGUGGAUGCAGAGGAUGAACGCCUGCUCCGCCGACACACCACUACAGAUUUCGAGUGCACUCUCAGGUCCAUUUGGAAACAGUGGCCGCAGGGGCCGACAGACCUACACCCGCUACCAGACUCUGGAGCUGGAGAAGGAGUUCCACUUUAACCGCUACCUGACCAGGAGGCGCCGGAUAGAGAUCUCCCACGCCCUGUGUCUGACGGAGAGACAGAUCAAAAUCUGGUUUCAGAACCGCAGGAUGAAGUGGAAAAAGGAGAACAAACUCCUCAAUCCCUCAAAGACACCCGAGGAGGAGGAGGAGCAGGCGGACAAGAAGAGCUAAAAGGACACUGAAUAAAAAGGCAUGUGUGUGUGUGUGUGUGUUUGUGCGCACACUCCCAACAUAAAAUGGUGUAUUAUUCCUUUGUAGAUAAAGUGCUGCAAAUCCCAAGUUAGAGACGUGUAGAGCGAUAGACUUUAUUUCAGUAUCUGCACGGUGAUGAUGUCUGCAUUAGAGGUUAAAAUCAGGUCCUCCUCUGUUCGUCCUUGUGCUCGUGUUUUUAUUUAGGGGACUAUGCAAAAAUCCGCCAAAAUGUAUAUACUUUUUAGUGUUUUAGUUUUUGACAAUGUUGUUACCUCAUUAUCGUAGGCCUACUGAGUUUUGUUAUUGUUAUUUUUAUGACAUUAAAAGAGGCUUUUUGUCCUUUACUGAACAUCUUGUGGUGUUAGUUGUUCUAUAAUAGUCCUUUAGGCUUGUUGUGCCAUCGACUCUUCAAUCUGUACAGAUCCGAAAUGUUACAUGUUAUUUAUUGUUGUUCACCUUGUGUUCAAUGCACCUCUGGAUAUUGUGUGCAAUAUUUUGUUUAGGAAAUUGUACAUAGAAAU